AUGAUCCUCCACCACCUCUCCCACCCCUCCAACCAAAACAAAAACCUCCACUUCUUCAUCCCCUCCGGCGGUAAUGCAGGCCUAGCCGCCACCACCGCCGCCCGCGCCCUCUCCUACCCCUGCACCGUCGCCGUGCCCGUCUACACAAAGCCAAUCAUGCUCCAGCGGCUCAGAGCGGAGGGUGCCAUCGUCGUUCCGCACGGUAAUAACAUCGAUGAAGCCGCGGCGCAUAUGCGGAAUGUGCUGAUGGAGGAGAUGAGGGGGCAGAUGGGCGAUGACGGCAGGGAGGUCGUGGCCGUCGAGUUACAUCCGUUUGACCAUGAGGCGGCGUGGGAGGGGGUCAGUUCGCUUGUGGAUGAACUGAAGGCGCAGGUACCCGCGGAGGAAGGGGAGGGGCCCCGAUGCUUCCCUGUAGAUGCGGUUGUUUGCAGUGUUGGUGGUGGCGGGCUGAUGAAUGGGAUUAUCCAGGGGAUUGAGAGGCAGUUGCGCAUGGCGGAGGACAGAGGGGUUGACAACCCGAACCAAGGCAAGGAUGUGCAGAUCCUCGCGCUGGAGACGAAGGGGGCAGAGUCACUUGCCAAGGCCGUUGAGAUGGGGGAGCUCGUUUCGCUGAAGGGCGUUUCGUCCAUGGCGACGUCGUUGGCUGCUCUUCGGGUUGCGGAGAGGACGUUGCAGAAUGUCCUGAACCCGCCGGCCGGUGUUAAGGUGCACAGUCGCGUUAUGGAUGAUGCCGAGGCGGCGAAGGGGGUGUUGAGGCUUGUCGAUGAGCACCGGUUGCUGGUUGAAUUGGCUUGUGGGGUGUGCGUGGAGGCUGUGGUUGCGGGUGGGCAGACCCACGGGUUAAAAGGUCAUGCCAACACGGGACAUGUUGAUGAGCGGUUGGAAUUGUCGUCGAAGCUGGCGCAGAUCAUUCCUGGAUUCGGGCCGCAGAGUCGUGUGGUUGUGAUUGUUUGUGGAGGGAGCAAUAUUUCUCUCGAGACGGCGGUAGAAUACAGGGAGCGACUUAAUAAUGGAUGGAGGACCGGCAAUGAGUGA